AUGAGCACACACGGCGGUUUUGGCAGCUUUGAGCUGAAUUCCAUCCUCCGAGGCGCUCAAUUGACGCUCGUUGGAGCGAAUCGAGCGUUGCAGAACCCCCAGUUGUUCACAUCCGACCACUACAAGCAAGCUGCCUUGGCCAUCGUCGCAGGCAUAGCCAUCCGUCUGCUGGUCGCUGUACCGACCGUAGCCAUUCGCCUCCUGAUCGCCUUCUUGCGACUGUUCACACAUCUGCAAGGCCCAGCAUGGGACCACGACAUCAUCGAUGGCAUCCACUUCAUUGAGCACUCCGUCCUACAGCUCCCGUUCUUCAUCAUGUCCUUCAUGCGCUAUCUGAGCCCGGCCAUGGACCAUAUGUUCAUGGACAGCCUGCAAUGGGUCGACCAAACGUACAUCCAGAAACACAAGACAGACGACCCAAGUCAGCUUCGAGCCAUGUACUACCCCAACUUGAGAAUGUACAGUGCACACGCGCAAAGCGCAGAAAAGAAGGAUCCGUAUGUUGCGAUGAAGGCCUUCCUCAAGAGAUUCGGUAGGAAGGCAGCUUUGUCCUUGGCUGUAUAUCUGCUCUCUUUCGUACCAUACCUGGGAAAGCUCGUGCUACCAGCAGCCUCCUUCUACACCUUCAACAAGGCAGUUGGCCUGCCGCCUGCCGUACUGAUCUUCGGAAGCUCAUUGUUCUUGCCGAAGCGAUAUUUGGUCAUGUUCCUGCAGUCUUAUUUCUCCAGCAGAAGUUUGAUGCGCGAACUCCUCGAGCCCUACUUCUCUCGCAUCCGCUACACGUCCGAGCAGAAGCGCCUUUGGUUCCGCGACAGAGAGGGCGUGCUCUACGGCUUUGCCCUGGCCUUCUUUGCCUUCUUAAAGAUCCCUCUUCUCGGCGUCCUCAUCUACGGUAUCGCCGAAGCCUCAACCGCCUAUCUGAUCACCAAGAUCACCGAGCCUCCACCUCCCCCACAAGAAGCAGAGGAGUUUAAGAAGAAAGAUGUGAAGUGGGAGAACAAACACGAAUUCUUGAGUCUUCCAUAUGAUGCCCUGGACCAAUUCAACGUGCGCUUGAAGGAGAAGGAAAAACAAUCGCAAGCCGAGCCUGCAAAGGGACGACAAUUUACAUAG